AUGUUUGGGCCUGAUGGGUUAUCACGACGAGAUCCUUCUCCUGAUGAUCCACUGCGAAAGGCAUUCACAGACGAUUCAGAAGACAAUAACGAAGCCAUAGAGCUUGUGAAGGACUCACUGGAUGAUCCUGAUCCUCUGGAGUUCGAAGAAUUCCAGAAUGAGAUUGAUACUCGCACAGGUUUCAUGCAGGAACUUGCCCGAGACAUCUGGGACUUUGACGAUGAGUUGACCCGAGCUUAUGAGUCUGCUAUCUCUGAGCAGAAUGUAGCAAGGGAAGUUUUAGAGAAGACGGAACUCACUGAGCAAGGAAAGAGAUAUUUGACCUUAGUCAUUGAUACUCUCGUCGUUCCAGACUGGGAAAAGACAUACCAGCCAGUUAGUGACCGAGAGGAGAAGUAUUCGUAUGAUGAAAGUCGACGGACUGAGACUGCGAAGCUUCAAGAUGAGGAGAUAGUCCUGAUAAAGGAGUAUCUUGAGAAUCCAACGUCUUACCUCCGUGGACUGACUGAAGCACAGCUAUUGAAGAUAAAGCGAAAAGCUAGCCAUUACUUCCUUGACGAAGAUGGUAGGCUCUUCAGGAAGAGAAUAAAUGCGACUCACCAGUUGGUCGUUGAUAAGAAAUACAGGAAUUAUAUGAUGAAGGCUGGACACGAUUGCCUUGGCCAUAGGGGGUCAUAUGCCAUGAACCAGCUAUUAUCUCUACGGUUCUGGUGGCCAGAGAUGGAGCGCGAUGUUAGCUGGUAUGUGAAAACAUGCCAUAUCUGUCAAUUAAGACAGAAGACAUUAGUCGAGAUCCCGCCGACGGUGACAUACACACCGUCGAUAUUCCAAGUCCUUCACACUGACACAAUUCACAUGAGUCCGCCAUCGAAUGGGUACCACUACAUUGUACAUGGACGAUGUGAACUCUCCUCUUGGAUGGAAGGUAGACCUUUGCGAAAGGAAGAUGCACGGAGCAUCGCGCUAUGGCUCUUUGAAGACGUGAUCUGUCGAUGGGGAUGCCUCGCGAAGGUUGUGACGGAUAACGGCGCUCCCUUCAAGAAAGCGGUGAAGUGGAUUGAGAAUAAAUACGGGAUUAAGGGUAUUACAAUCUCACCUUAUAAUUCUCAAGCUAAUGGGACAAUUGAAAGACCGCACUGGGAUGUGCAUCAGAUGUUGUAUAAAGCGACGAAUGGGGAACCUAAUAAGUGGUUCUGGUAUUUCCACCAUGUAAUGUGGGCCGAUAGAAUAACAGUACGGAAGGGUACAGGCUGCUCACCUUAUUUCAUGGUGACUGGUGCCCAUCCAGUACUUCCACUUGAUCUCAUCGAGGCAACUUGGCUUGUAGGACCACCUGAUCGUAUACUAAGUACGACCGAACUGAUUGGGAUGCGUGCACAAGCACUAGAAAAGCACACACAGCAUGUAGGAGACAUCCGGAAGGUUGUUUCUGAUGCUAAGAUUCGAAGAGUGAGACGCAUCGAAGAAGAACAUAGAGCGAAGAUAAAGGAAUUUAAUUUCUUACCGGGGGAUUUAGUUCUCGUGCGAAACAUGGCUGUAAAGGCUUCAGCCAUGCGAAAGAUGAAGGCCAGGUAUCUCGGGCCAAUGAUAGUGGUCUCGAGAUCCAGAGGAGGAUCUUAUAUUCUUGCUGAGAUGGACGGCUCAGUGUGGCAUAAUAAGGUAGCCGCAUUCCGUGUCCUUCCAUAUUUUGCGAGAGAGAAAUUGGACCUUCCAGAAAAUAUCCAUGAAAUUCUGGAUAUCUCAAGGAAAGGCCUCAGCAAGCUCGAAGACGAAGCGAAAUCGGAUGUUGAAGAUGAGGACUUUGAUGAAGCAUUCGGGGGCGACUCACCUGCUCAUUCUAGUGGGGGGGAGACCUCAGACAUGGAGAUAAACAAAGGAAUGCCUCGCAGAAGCGUUCGAAUUCGAAAAGCGGGUCUUCACUCGUGA